AUGACGAUGCAAACGCCAGUCAAGGCCGGGCCUGGUCGACCGCUCGUCUCAUGCACCGUCUGCCGCAAGCGCAAGCUCAAAUGCGACCGCCAGCACCCCUGCCGCAACUGCCUGCGCUCGCGCUCCAAGAACCCGGAGCGGGACUGCGUCUACGAGGACGCCGCCGCGCUGCCAGCCCGCGAUCGCGCGCGGCCACCGCGACGCCGAUCCUCCGUGAGCCAGCAGCGACCGACGCCGUCGGCGACGCCCGACGUCGUCUCGCAGGCCUCGGGGCCCGUCUCGCCCGCCGACGCGGAGGCGCCGGUCCUGGUCUCCCGCCCAGACCCGGCGGCCGCCACGUCGUGCUCGCACACCACCUUCUCGGUGGUCAGUCGGUCGUGCGCGUCAACCUCGGCGCCGCAUUCUGUGCGAGGACCAAAGUCCCUGGCCAGCGAGGUCGACUCGGCCUGUCAAACGAUCGAGAGCAGCUUUUUCGGACACACCAUGACCGCCGGCCGCGGCGUGACGCACAAGUCGAGGUUUUUUGGGCAGAGUCAUUGGCUCAGCAUCAUCGUGCUGUUUCGAGAUCUGGCAGCAACCAUCACGACGGACUUGUGCGUCGAAAACUCCAAAGCACUUUUGGCGCUGCACAGGUGCAAGGCUUUGGCGAGAGAGAUUAAAGCGCAGAGGUCACCAACGUGGCCAGCGCCGCUCACUGCAGCUCUGCCUGCGAAGAACUUGGCGGACGAACUGGUCGACUCGUACCUUGACACUACCGAGACUGUGUAUAGGGUAUUGCACAUCCCCUCCUUUCGACGGGAUUACGAUUCUUUCUGGUUACUCGGAGCAGACACACUGCCUGACAGAGCCUUUUUGAUACAGCUCAAGUUGGUACUGGCCAUUGGGGCUACCUCAUAUGACGACACGUUCUCCCUGCACUCGUCGGCCAUGGCCUGGGUCUACGAAGCUCAAACGUACCUGUCAGAGCCUGGCAGCAAGUCACAGCUCAGCAUACAGUUUCUUCAAAUAAGUAUUUUGCUCUUGAUAGCACAAGAGGCGAUGGGCAUCGAGGGCCACGCGCUUUGGAUCUCCGCCGGUGCUCUAGUAAGGACCGCCAUGCAUAUGGGCGUGCACAGAGACCCGACGGACCAGUUUGCCGCGUCGCGCCCGAGACUGGCCCAUGAAAUGUGCCUUCGACUAUGGAGCACCGUACUGGAGCUAGCUCUGCAGUCCAGUUUCGUCGCUGGCAAGCCUCCACUGGUCUCGAUUGACGACUUUGAUGCGCCUUGUCCUGGGAAUUUUGACGACGAUCAGCUGAUGCCGGAGGUGAAGGACCCUCUACCGAAGCCCAACGAAGACUUCACGCAAACGACAAUUUCUAUUGCGCUGCGAAAAAUGUUCCCACUUCGUUUGGCAGCUGCCAAGAUGCUCAACGAUGCCAAUACGCAAGAGACAUACGAGGAAGCACAAAAGUUAGACCAAGGGUUGCGGGACAUUUACAAAGACGUGUGUCGUACACUCGCUUGCGCCAGACUGGUGUCUCCGGCGUCAGCGCCACGGUUCGACACGAGCGCCCUGGAUGUCAUAGUGCACCGCUACAUUUCUUCAGUGCAUGUUCCGUUUCUCGACAGGGGCCAAUACGACACUGCGUACGCAUUCUCGAGACAGGCCAGCGUUGACGCAGCGCUGAGGAUCUGGCGUGCGACAAGCAGAACCUGGCACCGAGCGCCGCCUAGCGUGGGUCUCGGGUCUGGAAAUGGCUUCACGAGCUUGCCUGUGGCUGACAAGUUUGGCCGCUUUGCACGCUGUGGAUCGGCGGCCGGCUUCUUCCGCUCCGCCGCUUUCCAUGCGAAUCUGACUGUAGCGUUCGAGCUGAAGACGCAGCUUCGGGAGCAAGAGAGCCUCGGCCCGGCCAUGCUGCGGCCAGACCUCCUGUCUGUGCUGGAGGACGCGAAGAAUUUUACUUUGCAAUGCAUCAACGCGGGUGAGACAAACGUGAAGGGAUACAUCUUCAUCUGCUUGAUCACAACGCAGAUAUACAGCCUGCAACAGGGAAUGACCUCAGACCAAGUACGACCUGCCAUUGUCAAAGCCGUGGAGGACGCACUGGAUGUCGCCUUGCAUCGACUCGAAAAGAUGCAGAGAACCGGGCCUGGUCGGAAGCCGGCGGACUCGGGUCUUGACAGCACGUAUGCAACAGCUCUCACAACUCCAUCAGGAGUGAUUCCAGGCUACGACUCACAUGUACCGGAUCACAUGCUUCAGUCUACCAACGAAGCUAUGGAUCUGAUGAACUGGAUGAUUACGGACGAAGGAACUCUGGGAGCGCUGGAUGGGCCGUUCUGGAUGGGAGGUAUGGGCGCAAGGUAA